AAUGGAAUGUAAUUAAAUACAACACAUAAGAUAAUAAUAUUUUGUUUACUGUAAACAUAAUUCAAACAGAAUUUAUUAAAUGAAUUACAAUUUGUAAUUAAAGCUUGAACAGUGUCAGAGAUUCGACCGUUAUGUUUGAAAGUUAAAAGUACACAGCGAUGUUACAGUUUAGCAGUAUAUUGAAUUGUAUGUUUAGGAUUGUAAGAAAAAAAAACAAAAGGAGUGAGGAAUGGGAAGAGUGACAGAACAACCAAAGUUGGACUAUGAAGCUCUCAGAAAGGCUCGCAUGUUAGAGAAUCAGGCUAGGUUGGAGUCUCUAGGUGUUGGAAAAACUGUUUCUCAGCUUCGACAACAAGUCAAGGAACAACAACCACAUCGUCCUUACCAAAAGAAAGUCUACGGUCUCACCCCUUUGCGCCGCUCCCAGCGAAUAAGUAACAACCUUAGAAUCAGUAACAACCUUAAGCCACCAGAAUGUAAUCCUUCCAGAAUCAUUUCCACACCAUCCACACCUCUUUCAACACCUUCCAAAAUCAUUUCCACACCAUCCACACCCCUUUCAACACCAAAACAAGGUAAGGUAACUUUUUCUGGAGAGAAAGAAGAGAAACAUAGACCUGCCAAUGCUCCUCUUGUGAACCUAAGCGAUGCAGAUCUUCUGCUUUCGUCAGAGCAUUCUGCUAGAAGGUGUAACAGCAAGGGCAGAGGUAGUAUCUACAAUCCAGUUUUGGGAAUAUGCUGCCAUUUUUGCAGGCAAAAGAAAUUGUGUGGUGAAGAAGACUGCAAGAGAUGUGGCAAUUUUGAUGUGAAUGAACCAUGCUUGGGAAAGACUGAUUGUUCUGUCUGUCACUCUAGCACUGGUGUUUUUUGUAGAGCCUGUCUCAAAGUUCGAUAUGGAGAAGAAAUUGAGGAAGUGAGAGAAAACAAGGGAUGGAUGUGUCCACAUUGCAUAGAAGAACAAGGAACUAAGCCUUACUGGAUAUGUAACAGUUCAAUAUGUCUAAGGAAACGAAAGAUGCCUCCAACUGGAAUAGCAGUAUUUAAAGCUCGUGAAAUGGGGUACAAUUCAGUGGCGCAUCUACUAAUGGAAGAACUUAGACUUGGAAAAUGCAAGUGAUCACUUAUUGUAUUCAACAAUUGUCACUCUGUUUCUUUUGUAACAUUCUUUAUUCUUCCAUUCUAGAAAGCAUGGCCAUUACAAUGUAUAAGAUGCUUAGUCACAUAGUAAGAGUUAGUGUAGUAAUGCAUGACAAUUUUAAGACUUUAACUCAACCAGUCUUUUGUUGA